UUACACACGUUUUGAAUGGUGUACAUAGCCUUUGCCAAAUUCAAAAGUCUUUCCCAAAUUUAAAGAGCUGAAGUAAUGUAGAUAAUUUUUUUUCAUCAAAUUUGAUGAAGAUGAAGGAUGUGCAAUGCAAGUGAGGGAUGAAAGAGGGUUCUACAGUAAAGAUGAUUUGGGUUUACUGGUAGUGUUUGAUGGCGAAGAAUACAUGGAUGGCCCAAAAAGAAGAGCAAACUGAAGCAAAUUUAGCAAAAAUAAAGGACCUUUGCUACCUUAGGAGUUCACUGUUCACAGAGAGAGAGAGAGAGAGAGAGAGAGAGAGAGAGAGAGAGCUGGGUUAGCAUUUGCAAAACGAUGACAUGAAAGCGUUGAGGAGAUACACUAGACCCUGUCAUAGUUUUCUUGAUAGCUUGCAUUGCAGAAAAUUUUCAGCUACUAAUACUGGAACACAAAACCCAGAAGUUACAUAUGCGAUCCAAGUGUCCAAUUUGCAAGAACUCUUGCAGAGUUGUGCUAGAAAGAGAGAACCCACGGAAGGGAAGGCUUGCCAUGGAAAGAUUAUUCGUGUUGGUUUACAAGUGGACACUUUUACAUCAAAUAUGCUAAUUAAUAUGUAUUCUAAAUGUGGGUUUGUUGAUUGUGCUCGCAACGUGUUUGAUGAAAUGCCUAUAAGAAGUUUAGUUUCAUGGAAUACUAUGAUUGGUUCCUAUACCCAGAACAAGGAUGAAGAAGCGGCUCUUGAUCUUUUCGUGUAUAUGCAAAGGGAAGGAACCCAAUUCAGCGAAUUCACCAUCUCGAGUGUUCUUUGCGCUUGUGCUUCUAAAUGUGCUGUUUUUGAGUGCAAACAACUUCAUGCUUUUGCCCUCAAGACAGCGAUGGAUUCAAAUGAGUUUGUGGGUACUGCAUUGCUUGAUGUUUACGCGAAAAGUAGUCUCAUUGAGGAUGCGUCUCGGGUUUUUGAGUGUAUGCCCGAGAGGAGUGCUGUCACGUGGAGUUCAAUGAUUGCAGGAUAUGUACAGAAUGAGCUUUAUGAGGAGGCUUUGGUGUUGUUCCACGGAGCACAAAUGAUAGGAUUGGAAAACAACCAGUUUACAAUGUCGUCUGUUCUCUCUGCCUGUGCAGGUUUGGCUGCUCUUAUUGAAGGGAACCAGAUGCAUGCUGUAAUACACAAAUCAGGUUUUGAUUCAAACAUUUUUGUGGCAUCCGCUCUCAUAGACUUGUAUGCGAAAUGCGGAAGCAUUGAAGAGGCUUAUAUUGUGUUUUCAUGCGUGGAAGAGAAGAAUAUUGUUUUAUGGAAUGCAAUGAUUUCUGGGUUUUCUAGACAUGCUCGGUCUAUGGAGGCUAUGAUUUCAUUCGAGAAAAUGCAGCAGAUGGGAAUAUGGCCAAAUGAAGUAACUUAUAUUUCUGUGUUAUCUGCAUGUGGCCAUAUGCGUUUAGUUGAAAAGGGACGAAAAUAUUUUGAUAUGAUGAUAAAAGAGCAUAAUUUGUCACCCAAUGUCAUUCACUACUCAUGCAUGGUUGAUGUUCUAGGUCGAGCAGGACUGAUUCAAGAAGCUAAGGAUUUGAUGGACAAAAUGCCAUUUGAUGCUACUGCUCCCAUGUGGGGUUCACUUUUGGGCUCCUGCAGGAUCCAUGGGAAUAUUGAAUUGGCUGAAGUAGCGGCAACAAAGUUGUUUCAGAUUGAACCAAAUAAUGCUGGAAAUCAUGUCUUGCUUUCUAACAUCUAUGCAGCAACAAAAAGGUGGGAGGAAGUCGCAAAGGCUAGGAAACUUCUUAAAGACAGUGAGGCAAAGAAGACUAGAGGAAAGAGUUGGAUUGAAGUGAAAGACAAGGUUCACACAUUUAUGGUUGGGGAAAGAAGCCAUCCUCAAAUUGCUCAGAUUUAUUUGAAGUUAGAAGAUUUGCUAGAAGAAAUGAAGCUACUAGAUUAUAGGGUCAAUACUGAGCAUGAUUUGCAUGAUGUGGAUGAAAUCAGAAAGCAGGACCUCCUGAGGCACCACAGUGAGAAGCUAUCCUUUACUUUUGGGCUAAUGAGUCUACCUCUUUGUGCUCCUAUUAGAAUCAUGAAGAAUCUCAGGAUAUGUGGGGACUGCCAUUCCUUUAUGAAGCUUGCUUCAACUAUUACAGGGAGGAAAAUCAUUGUCAGGGACACUAACCGAUUUCACCAUUUUAAGAAUGGGUUUUGUUCUUGUCAGGACUUUUGGUGAUAUUGCUUAUUGUUUCACUGGCAUUUGUUGUCUUUCGAUAUUUUGCAAUUGUUUUUGGAUUAUGAUCAGAAGAUGUGUGAUGAUUAUUUUCAUUGAUCAUAAACCCAGCUUCGAAAUCAGUGAUAUAUCCUUGUUGAAUGUGCUAGGAUCUGCUUGCUUUUAACUGAAGAUUUUACUUUCCCAAACAAGAGAUGGGGCCUUGGUUUUGAAGGUGCAUACAGGAAUGACAAGGGUUCAUAAGAUUUGGACAUACUUAAAAAGUGUCUUGGUAUAAAAUUUGGUGAGCAAUUAUCAGCUACUUAGUUGGCUGUCAAAGUUAUUGGAGAGUGACGGAAGUCACCGUCUGAGAAGAGAGAGGAGUUUCUGAACUGGGGCAAGUCUAGCUCAGCUUGUUUGUAUGCUGAGGCGAACGGAUCCCUUGUACCACUGGCCCCAAAAAAUAUGAUUCAGACCAGAAUUUCCUUGAACUCAAUCCACAAAAUAGUGCACAAGUUGUCUGAGGAGUAGCAGGCAGCAGUCAAGGAGAUUGGGGGGCUCAGUGAACUCAUCCGCGGAUGUCUUCUUUCGCAUUGGGAUUAUUGCAGAUAAUAUCCAGAUAAACUUGAGUAGCUUGGCCCAGGUUAAGUGCUCCCACAUUAGGAGAGGUCAAAUAACGAAAAACUCUGCAAUUUGAUGAAUUCUUGGCUUGGGUUGAGGAGGUCCCUGACUUUAUUUUUGCUCUUAUUGUUUCUAAAGCUUGUUCCUCCUUUAGAUUCUUUUGUUGUUUC